AUGUCAGAAGUCGAGCUUCUUGGAGUUGGGCUUGUGUUAGCCCUGGGUGAAGACUUGGAGCUGGGCCUUCAUGCCUCUAAUUUGGGCUGGGCCCUUAGAGCUAGGGCAUGGGUUGGGCUUAGCUAUAUCUUGGACAAGGGUACAAGGAUUUUGAGAGGGAAGAUGUCUGAAAGUUCUGAUAGGGAAAGUCAUGACCCCCUUGCCUUUGGGAGUGAAGAUACUGAGAGUGAGGAGCCCAAUGAAUAUGUUUGUUCUGAAGAUGAGAGUUCCCAGACAGAGGGUGUGGUAGAAUGUAUUAUAGAAAGGGGUGAGCCAUCAGUAGACUCUGGGUCAGAGGCAUAUAGGGAGAUGCAGAUGAAUUACACAAAGCUAGAAGCUAUAGUUGAUUGGGUUCUAGCCUUGUCUCAUACACUAGAGGUGGGCUCGAGCAAUCAGGCAUCACCGUUGAGGUUUGUGGGUGUAGCCAUGGCUUCAGCUUCAGAGGGAGUGGACAUACGGGUUGGUGUCCUAUUGGCGAGGCGGAAUACACUUUCAGAAGUAAGGUUGGCUGAGCUUCGAACAGAUUAUAGUGUUUCACCCUAUGUGGGCUUGAGGUUACCCACUGCAGUUGAUGUGGUUAGGUACCCUCCGGAGGGCUCGUUGCUGAUUUUUACGGAUAUGUACCAGCAUAGCUUCAAACUACCAUUUCAUCCUUUGGUGUAG